CACACAUUCCUUCAGCAAAUUGCACGCCAGCUGUUGAAAAAUGUCACACGUGCCUCAGGAACUACUUCUGUUAUUAUUUUUUUAAGUCGAAGUCUUACUUGGGGAAACUAGACUGACUUCAGCUCUACUGUAUCAAUGGACUGGGGGAAGGGAAAGGGCAAGUAAGGAAGGUGUGUCCACAAAUUUGUGUUGUAUAAAAGGAUAUUUGAACAAGAGAGGACCAGAAAUCGAUAUUUCAUACCGCGUCGAGACUACUGAGGACACGCGCGGCAUAACCGUGUGGGUGACAUCGUUUUCGGACUAAGGCGACUGUUCAGAGUUCCGCUGUCUGUGGAGAUUCAGGCCACAGCGCUUCGGAGAACUCAACUCAUACUACUGCAGAUUACAAAAAUGCCUGUGGAAACACGUUCAGCCAGGAACCAGUCCAAUGUUGGUCGGUUCCCAUCAGUUACACUGGGUUUGGGCGAGGACGAGCCAGGGAAAGAGGAGCUAAAGGAGGAGACUGCUGAAGAAGGGGCGUGCCGACGAUGGUGGCGUAAAAUGUGUCCUUGCUGCUGUAAGAAACGGCAUUACGAUGAUGAUAUCACAGAUACAGUCGUCACAGGAAUUGACGAUGUAGAAAAGGAUACAGGAAUAAAUUGUGACAAGCCCGUUAAUGUUGGAACUGAGCUUGACGAGCUGCUGUUGAUGGUGCGGUCCAUAGACCUGGUUAAAAAAAAGAAUGGUCAGAAUCGUCUGGAACAUCACACUGACCGUUACCACAGUGACGACCUCCUCAUCCGCCGGGGUCAGGCCUUCAUAAUGUGGCUUGACCUCUCACGACCUUACAACCCCAAGAAUGACAAACUCCACUUGGAGCUCAGAACAGGACCCCUGCCUACAGUAGCAAAGCACACCCAUAUCAUCAUCCCAUUGGUUGAGCAGAUGGAGGUUAACCGUUGGGAGGCCAAGAUCUCACAACGAGAUGGUAACAGGCUAAAGCUGUCUGUCAACUCUCCAUCGACCGCUGUGAUCGGCCGAUAUCAGCUCACUGUGGUGACGCAGAGCCCAAAGGGCGAGGCCACAUCUACACAUGACCCUGUGAAUGACAUCCGCAUGCUUUUCAACCCCUGGUGUGAAGAUGACACAGUGUACAUGGAUGAUGAGUGUGAAAGGAACGAGUAUGUCCUGAAUGAUGUUGGGAGGCUUUACUAUGGCACGGAAAACCAGAUUGGAUCAAGAACGUGGAAUUAUGGACAGUUUGAUGAGGGGGUCCUGGAUGCCUGUCUGUUCAUUUUGGAAAAAAGUGGUGUCUUACCCUCAGGAUGGGGAGACUCUGUCAAUAUAGUCCGAGUCAUUUCAGCCAUGAUCAAUUCCCCAGACGACUGUGGAGUCCUGGAGGGGAACUGGUCAGGGAACUAUGUGGGCGGGACAUCCCCAACAGCCUGGAGUGGUAGUGUGGAUAUCUUGAAGAAAUACCAUAAAGAUGGAGGCGUUCCUGUCAAAUAUGGCCAGUGUUGGGUCUUCUCUGGGAUCACCACCACAGUUUUGAGGUGCUUGGGCAUUCCCUGCCGCAGUGUGACCAACUUCAACUCAGCCCAUGACACAGAUGUCUCCUUGACGACCGAUGUGUACUUUGAUGAGAAUUUGGAGCCUAUAGAGGACCUGAACAACGACUCCAUCUGGAACUUCCAUGUGUGGAAUGACUGUUGGAUGGCUCGCCCAGACUUGCCACCUGGUUAUGGCGGAUGGCAGGCUGUGGACUCCACACCCCAGGAGACCAGCCAGGGCAGCUUCCGCUGUGGCCCCGCCUCCAUCAUCGCUGUCCGCAAUGGAAAUGUGUUCCUCAAACACGAUGCGCCCUUUGUCUUUGCCGAGGUGAACAGUGAUAAAAUCUACUGGCAGAGGAAACCGGAUGGCACUUUCACCCAGAUAGCGAGUGAGACCAAGGUUGUGGGACACUGCAUUAGCACCAAGGCUGUGGGCUCUGACGAGCGCAACGACAUCACACUCCUUUACAAGCACCCAGAAGGCACAGAGGAGGAACGCAUCGCUGUGGAGACGGCCAGCCGCUAUGGCUCCAAACCCAAGACAUAUGCAUCGCCCAAAGCAGAGGAUGUGUCCAUAGAGGUGACCAUGGAUGGAGAGGGGCCACGCAUGGGUGGAGACGCAGAGCUGACCAUUGUCAUUCGCAACACAAGUUCUCUACUGCGCACUUUCACCCUCAAUAGCCAGGUGGCAGUCAUGUACUACACAGGCGUGCUUAAGGCUACCAUCAAGAAGGACCAAACCCCUGUAGAGCUAUUACCCAAUGAGGUGAAGACACUGGAGUGGGUUCUUGAUUACCAGCACUAUAAGGACCAGCUGGUGGACCAGGCUGCUUUGAUGCUGACCCUGUCUGGUCGGGUCAGUGAGACCCAGCAGGUCCUGGCCACUCAGUUCAGCUUCCGUCUUCGUACGCCUGACCUCUUUAUUAAGCCAAUAGGGGAGGCAGUGAUGGGGAAAAAGAUGUCUGCUGAGAUCUCCUUCACCAACCCGUUGCCACACAAGUUGAAGAAUGUUGUUUUCCGUGUGGAAGGGCUGGGUCUACAGAGUGUUCGACAGAUCUCUGUCGGUGAUGUGGGCAGUCAUGCCUCUGUGACUAUGACAGAACACUUUAUUCCCACUCUGCCCGGACCCAGGAAACUGUUGGCCUCACUCGACUGUAAGCAGCUGACACAAGUCCACGGUGUGGUUAACAUCGACGUCAAGGAGAAAUGAGCUUGCGGACGCCAUGGAUACCAAUUUCUCUGCUUGAUUUCUGAGGCUUAGUCACAGACAAAAUACUAUAACGCCGUUUUAUGUUAAAUGGAUGAACAAAACACUGUUGUGGUGUGAAGUUAAACAUUUACCAUACUAGGUUUUUAAUCAGAGAUUUUAAAUUAUUAAUAUCAUAUCACCCUAAUAACCCUAAGCUAAUAACUACCAGAAGAGUCCAAGGGUGAAGUUUGUGAUGAAAUGAGAUGGCAGCUACACAUAUCAGACUCUUGUCUAACUUCUUCAAUUCUUUCAAAUCAGAAAAUAGAUCUAUAUUUUCUAUAUGCAUUUUUAUACUAUUAUACCAUUUAACUAAAUUAAUUUAACUUGAAUAUGUUUACCUUAUUGUGUGCGUGUGAGAAAGUGUGUGCGCACGUGUGUGUAAAAGAGAGAUAAUGAGGACAGGAUGAACUUUAAGGGACAGGAGAACUGUCUUAAAUACACAUUGUGGCACAUUCUCUGGCCACCAGGUAACCUAGUGGUUAGAGGAUCUGAUCAGUAACCAAAAGGUCACUGGAUAGAAUCCCAGAGCUACCAAGGUGAAAAAUCGGUUGUUCUUUCCCUGUGCAAGCCAGUUUACCCAAAUGUCUGCCAAAAUGUGGUAAAUAAAAAUGUGUUUUCACAAGAGUAACAAAAGUGCUACUGAUAGAAACUGUUCUACACAUGUGAAGGUUCUAUGAAAUAUUUGAUUUAAUUGACAUCAACAACAAUUACAGGCAUGCACUAACCCCUAAAAUAAACAUACUUUAUGUA